AUGGCACUCGUGGAUAUACAUAUAUCUGCCAAAAUCAGGAAUGUGAACGGACCUGAUUUCUUUGAACUUGAAAGAGCCAGUGCAGUCGCGUUAGGUGAGGGGCUCAUGGAAUGGAAUUUCGGAGCCAUGACAGGCUGUCUAGAUGCCUGUACUUUCAAUGAACAAACGAAUCCACCAAAAGCGUCUAUCGAAGAUUUGAUUACGCAAGCUAAGAAAGCCAUGUACGGAAUCGUCGGACUGCAGAGACCAGGAGGCAUUGCUCACUGUACGCGUUCUCGAGUCUGA